CCCGUCGAGCUCGUCACCGUGCCCGCCCUCGGCCCCGAGUGGCAGCGCUCCGAGCUCAAGGACAUGACGCGCGCGGGCAAGCGCGAGAAGGCGAACGACCGCCGGCGGGACACGUGGAAGGCCUGGAACCGCGGCGAGACGGGUCUCUGCGGUCGGUGGUUCACCAAGCGCGCGCUCGCCGUGUUUGUGUUCAUCGUCUGCUGCAUAAUCGGCAUCGUCCUCGCAAUCACCGUCCCGCGCGUGCCCUCCGUCUCCCCCCUCUCCACCUUCCUCAGCCAACAAUCCGGCUCGUGGAACGACUCCAUCCCGACCGCCUUCUCCCGCGCCCCCGCCAACUUCUCCUUCCCCGCGUACGCCGGGCUCCAAAUAUCCACCUCCGCCAACGUCAUCCCGCUCACCUUCUCCUCGUUAUCAGUCCAAGUCUGGGACGGCACGACCAACAUGCAAAUCGGCACCGGCGCCUACGGGCACCUAACGAUCCCGGCAAAGGCGUUUUACCAGCUGCAGCUCCCGCUCAAUAUCAGCUAUGUCGCGGGCAACGAUACGGAUCCGACGUGGGUGGAUUGGUAUAGCGCGUGCAAGAAUCCGGCGCUGUAUCCGAGUGGGCAGAGCAGGCCGGGGGUGAAUGUGUUGUUGUAUAUUGAUAUGGCGAUUAGGGGGCUGCCGGGGACGUAUAAGGCCACGGCGCAGGUCGCGGAUGCGGGGUGUCCGUUUGAGUUGCCGACGAGUGCUGCGUAG